AUUCGGUCACGUAAAUUUAUUUUGUAUGAACUUUUAACUACGGAAAUGUCGACUCUUCCAGUGAAAAGUUCGCCGCGAGAUGCGCAAGUUAUGGCUGCAAUAUUAAAAGACAUGGGUGUUACAGAGCAUGAGCCAAGGCUAAUCAACCAAAUGCUCGAAUUUACGUACCGUUAUGUUACAGAUGUUUUGGAUGAUGCUAAGGUUUAUUCAACUCAUGCCAACAAGAAAACUAUAGACACAGAUGAUGUUCAGUUAGCUGUACAAUGCCGUAUGGACCAUUCAUUCACCACACCUCCACCAAGAGAUCUGCUACUUGAGAUAGCGCGGCACAAGAAUGCACAGUCACUUCCACUGAUCAAGCCAUACUCGGGUCCUCGUCUACCACCAGACAGAUACUGCCUCUCUGCUCCGAACUACAAACUAGUCAGUAAUAAGAAAAAGUUACACAGAAUUCCUAUUGGUCUUCCGGGAAAUCCACUAACAGGUGGUCACAGAAUCUCACUCACACCAGUACAGAAACAGCAAACUGGUAAGAUCCAGAUUGGUACUCCAACGCAGCCACUUGCAGUGAUAAACAGACCAUCUCAGGUGAAACCUAUAGUCAGAGUACAGCAAGGUCCAGGAUUGAUGCCAGGUCACACAAACACUGGUGGCAGCUUGGUACAAACACAAAUAAUGACAACAAAUCAGCCUGUUACCAUGGUACCCGCUUUGAGUGGACAGACUCUUCUACAGAACAUAAAUCCACUGAAAAGGAAAAUGGACGAUGAUGAUUAUGAUACUUGAUACAUAUUGUUGUUGCUGAUUAUAUAAAUUCAUGUGUAUAUAUAUCAUUUGUCACAAUAAAUAUCACAUUUAAAAUUAAUAA